AUGGCGUCCCAUCAACUCGCCAUUGCAAAGGCAUCCUUCUCAGCUGGCCUUUUGCGGCCCGAUCCCACCAGUGUGCCGCGUGACGACAUCGCCGCCUUUCACUCUGCCCUCGACCGGGCGCUGUCGCGUUGCUCCUCAGCAAACAUCCAGACCUGCAAAGAAUGGCUCCUCCAAUAUGUAGCCUCGUCGGCCAACCGGCUGGCAGGCCUGGCUAAAUAUCUGGUGACACUGGCCGGCUCCUUCGCUGAAGACCCAACAGGCGCUCGGCCAAAACCCUCGCCGAAGCGCCGGAGACUCCACAUUCUAUACCUCCUCAACGAUCUGUUCCACCACAGCAAGUAUCACCUGGAUACCACGGCUAUCUUCUCCACGGUGAGCGGGUCCCUGCAGCCAUAUGUCGUGGACCUGCUUGGGCACGCGGCAGCCUAUGAUCGACAGAAAUAUCCCCGACACCAUCGGCGGCUAGAUGAUCUACUAGAUAUCUGGUCCGAGCACGGAUACUUCAGUCCCGACCUGAUCCACAAGUUACGAGAGGUGGUGAAGAACUCGGCCUUGACAGGUGCCGCCCCACCCUCAUCGACUGAUGUCUUGGCUGGCGAGGGAGAUACCACGAAGAAGUUGCCCGGGAAAGACACACCUUUUGUCAUGCCAUCGACACAUGGUGACCCCUCGACUCCAUACUAUGACCUUCCGGCAGGUAACAUGAUCCCGCAUAUCAUUCCUAAUUCGACCAUUCCCCUGCGCGCCGAGAGCAUCAAACCACUACAAUUCAUGGCUGGCCCUGCCGACGAAACACUCGUUCAGGCCCUCAAAGGCUUUUUGAAGGAUGUCGAUCAGAUUUAUGGCAUAGAGGAGCUUGUGAAAGACAACGGAAACACGGAUGUAGAUGAAAUGGGUCAAAGGGUCGUUCGAGACGAGAUAACGGGUGAUAUCCUCGACGGUGAAACCUACUAUGGCUGGUCUCGUGCGUUUUGCCAGCAGAUGAAGAAAAGGCCAGAUGACUCCCGUAGCCGCAGUCGAAGCCGCAGUGGGACUCGGCAUGAUUCCAAGCGACGACGUUACAGUGACAGCUCUAUGAGUGAUGACAGCCGACGGUCUCGGAGUCGGUCUCGGACUCGUGCAGAUAGGCGUGAGCCUAAUCGCUAUGGGUCUAAGUCUCGAUCUCCAAGCCCAUACUCGCCAAGAGGACCAUCACCGCCCCGAUUCCCGCCCCCUCAUCAACCCUCUCACCCUCUUCCUCCUCAUCCUCCACCACAACAUGCCAAUCACCCUCCCCAUCCGUCACAUCAAAACCACCCUUACAAUGCACAAUAUGGUCAUUACAAUGCCAACUUCCCUCCUCCACCUCCACCUUCCUACCCUGGCGCCUGGCCACCUGCCCCACCCCCACACAUGCCGGGAAUGCCCUUCCCCCCCACCGGGGCCGGGUAUCAAUCAUAA